UCAUCACGUCGGCUUUAUGUUGACGUGGCGUGAGCCAUGGCUAACGAGAGUUCCAGCGGCUAGUAGGUAGCUAAAGGUACGGUAAGCCGGCGGAAGAAUGGAGAUAAUUAGCUAAAGACGACCUACUGUGACGACUCUUUACAGCUGAUAUAAGAAAACAUCAGACCCCCUGUACCCCCUCCCUAUCUGCCCCCCUACUGCGAGCAUCAGAGUAACGUGGGCUGACAUCUGAUGGUCAGGGUAGAGUGAGGACAACAUGGCCAGCCGGGGCCAGCACUAUGGCUUCCAGGCCGCCACAACGUCGCAGCCUGCCAACGGAGGCCACGCCUACCUGUUUGGGAACAACGGCUCAGAGAAUGACCUGUCGGAGGACGACGGCGAGAUCUUCGAGCUGCGGUCGCGAGGCCGGGACCGCCUGCGGAGGAGCGCGUCCCGGGAGAGGAUGGACGACAUCAUCUACCUGGCCCGGGACGUCCAGGAAGGGGACACUUUGAACAGCCUCGCCCUGCAUUACCACUGCUCGGUGGCGGACCUCAAGCGGGCCAACAACCUCCUCACGGAGCAGGACUUCUUCGCCCUGCGUUCGGUGAAGAUCCCCGUGCGGCGCUUCAGCGUGCUCACCGAGAGCCACAACGGCGCCGCCGCCGCCUUAAAACCCUCGUCCUCGCCGUCGACCACCUGGAGCCUGUCCCAGAUCUCCCCCGGCACGUCCUCGGUGCCCACCGAAUGCUCGACGGACUCGUCGUCGUCGGCCGACAGCGUGGAGGGCUUCCUCCUAGAGAAGGACAAGGACAUCGAGCGGCUGGUGAUGUCGACGGGGCCGUCGUCGCGCAGCAGCCUGAACGAGGUGGUUUCCUCGCUCACACAGCUGGAGGAGCCGCUGCUGGGGGGGACCGAGUACAAGCCGGCCCUGAGGAAGGACCCGUACUAUGGGGCCGAUUGGGGCAUGCGCUGGUGGACGGCGGUGGCCAUCAUGCUGGUGGUGGGCAUCGUCACGCCCGUCUUUUACCUGCUGUACUACGAGGUGUUGGUGAAGGCCGACGUCAGCCAUCACGGCGCCGCCGCCGCCAAUGCCGCCGCUCCUCAGGGGAACGAGGUGGAACUCUCCCCGCCUGAGGACAGACACGCAGGGGCCGCACCGGGAGACGGUGUGGGGAACGGCGCCAUGGGAGACCCCAAAGGGGCCGGGGAAGGGGACAUGAACCAUCGCAGCGAUGGAAGGCAAGCCAAGACAUGAUGUAGAGAAUAUAAUGGAGUGCAGACUGCAGGACGGACCUCGGCUGCUUUUAAGACAAACGCAGGGCGGGUACGGUCACAUUAGGGAACAGAAUCUUUUUGAUUCCAUUGACUUAGUCACUUUUUUUUUUUUAACAACCCAGAUGGACCCAAUGGGAUUUCUUUCUCUAAUUGCCAUUAAAACAUGAUUAUUUAACACUAUUUUGUCAGGUGGGUGGGACCAGGGGGUUUCCAUUAUGUUCUAACAUAUCCAGACUAAUUUAUUUGGAAGAUAGAGAAAAAGCUGUCUUGCACUUAUCAGUAUUGAAAAUAUCAAUUUAAUUAUUUCAUCGUCGGGAUACUUGUUUGUAGAUCUUCAAAAGGCAUGGUGAGACAAGGAAAAUGCACAGUACUCCUGCAAUCACUUCAAGUAAUUUUGGUAAGAGACUUUAUCAUAUAGAAGCCUUUAUUCCUGGUCUUGUAAAUAUUUUGGGUGAAAUAGACAGUAUGUGCCUUUUUAACCAGUGGCUCUGUAAACAGGCUGGAAAAUAAAUACAUCUAUUUUGAAUAAAUUAAUGAGCAGGCUGAAAUAAAAUGAGUAAAUUCA